AUGGAUCCUCCUGGAACUCAACCAACGCCUACUAAUGGAGCUCAACAAGCUGGGGGUCGACCUACCAAUAAGCGUUUACAACAGACUCAAGCGCAAGUUGACGAAGUUGUUGGUAUUAUGAAGGAAGGUGCUUCGCAAUUCGAGAAGUCUGCCGCAACUUUGAAGCGCAAGUAUUGGUGGAAGAACAUUAAGAUGAUCGCAAUCAUGUGUGCCAUUGUGAUUCUUCUUAUCAUCAUUAUCGUCAUUUGGGCUAAAUAAGCUUUUUAAGAUGAAAUGAUGCUUAAAACGGUUUCUGUGAAGGAGUAUUCCCCCAAAGAUGAUUUGACACUUUUUAUUUACAAGUAACCCCUCUAUACGAAAUUUUUUUCUU